AUGGGGAUGUGUCUAACUAGGUUUGGUCCCGCCCCGAUUGUCGUGGCUGGGGACCUCAAUGCUAAAUCGGCAUUGUGGGGAUCCCCGGUCACGAAUGCUCGGGGGAGGGAAAUGGAAGAAUGGAUGGCGGAGAGAAAUCUGUUUUCUCUCAACCGGGGGAACAGAUGGACGUGCGUAAGACCCAAUGGGGGAUCCAUUGUGGAUAUCACGAUGGUGAACCCGGAGGGAUUACGCCGAGCCGAGGGAUGGGGGGUGGUUGAGGAUGUGGAGACAAGGUCGGACCACGAAUAUGUGGAGUUUUCCCUCCUGGUUACCCAUCGCGAGAUCGUGGAACGUCGACGAGUAGCGCGCAAGAAAUUUCCGCGAUGGCAGUGGCGUAAAGCGGAUCGCGACCUGUUUCGUGCUGCGACGCUAACCGCUCUGUGGGAAGAGGAUGUCCUGCGGAAUGCAGUGACCAGCGUGGAAGACCAGGCCGAAAGGAUCGGAGACAUCAUGAAGCAAGCAUGCGAUGCGGCGAUGCCCCGAUCCAACCCGAUCCCACGCAAGGGAAUGUAUUGGUGGACGGAGGAGAUUGCCGAGCUACGGCGCUCCUCCGUCCAUGCCAGAAGGGUCUAUCUCAGGGCAAGGGCCCGACAAGACCCCCUGGCAGAGGAGGAAGCUGGAGAGGGCUACCGCUCCGCCAAGCGGGCCCUCUCUAAGGCGAUAAAGGUGGCCAAGGAUCGCGCCUGA